CACCCUUCAUUUCGGUGCCAUCCCUUCAGUUUCUCUCUCUCUUUAUUUUCUCACCGUUCAAUUCAAUUCAAUUCAAUUCUCAAUUCUCAAUUCCGUUCCGUUCCGUUCCUUGAGUUUCUGUUUCUCACUAUCGUUUUUUUUUUUUCUUAUUCAAAAACACAAAAAACAAAGUUCUGUUUCAGCUCAUUUUCUUUUUUCAAAGCAAAACCCCUAAUCUUCUUCCUCCUCUUCUGUUUCUCACUAUCUGCAUUUUCCAUUCUUCUCUGCUUUCUUUGAAUUGAAAGGGUUGGGAAAUUUGGGUGGAAAUGGCUUCCAACAUAGGAAUUAUGGACAGUGCUUACUUCGUUGGAAGGAAUGAGAUUUUGACUUGGAUCAACAAUCGUCUUCAGCUCAAUCUCUCUCGCAUCGAAGAGGCUGCAUCUGGUGCUGUGCAAUGCCAAAUGAUGGAUAUGACGUACCCAGGAGUUGUUCCAAUGCACAAGGUCAAUUUUGAUGCGAAGACAGAAUAUGAUAUGAUCCAGAACUAUAAGAUUUUACAGGAGGUGUUCAAUAAGUUAAAAAUUGAGAAGCCUCUUGAAGUCAAUAGGCUUGUUAAAGGCAGGCCUUUGGACAACUUGGAGUUCUUACAAUGGCUGAAACGAUACUGUGAUUCUGUCAAUGGUGGCAUUAUGAAUGAAAAUUAUAAUCCUGUUGAGCGAAGGUGCAAGGGAGGGAAGGAACGGUAUGCCAAGGGUUCUCAAAAAAUCCCAAAAUCACUGCAGGCAAACAAUUCAGGUGACCCAGUUGGUCUUAGCAGAACCUCUGGACCAAAGCAAGGGAAGACUUAUGCAGGGGCAGGUGGUGCUAAUUACGAAGGAGAGGUCCUAGCUUUGUCUAAGGAGAUAACAGAUCUCAAGGUCUCGGUGGACCUUUUGGAAAAAGAAAGAGACUUUUACUUUGGAAAACUGAGGGAUAUUGAAAUUCUUUGUCAAACGUCUGGAUUGGAGAGUAUCCCGAUGUCAGUAGCAAUAAAGAAGAUAUUGUAUGCUGCUGAUGCAAAAGAAUCAGCUCUUGCCAAAGCUCAAGAAUAUCUCCUUUCCGUGAAAGAAGAUGAAAUUGAAGCAGGAGCUGGAGCUGGAGCUGGAGCUGGACCUGAAGCUGAAACAGAUCCGUGAGUUUUAAAAAUGGACAUGCUAUUUGCCUGGGUAGCUAGAUCUAAACAAACCCAUGGAUCAGUGAUCUCUGUCAGUCAAGUGAAGAACUUCUUAUUCCUCUUUGAAUGUGCUGAACAGAUUGUUGUGGAUUGAAAAGAAAUGACUUCUUGAAUAAUAGUGCCUCUCCAGUAGUUCUACUGAAAGCAGUGACAUUUGUUUCACUCAGAUCUUUCACUGCUUUGUUUGUGGAUAGUGUGCCCUAGCAUUUUCACUGCUCUGUGUAGUGUGAAGCCCAGUAUUAUUGAAUCUUGAAUCUCUUAUUUAGCUAUUAA